CAUCUCCAUACCAGGGAGGCCCUACUAUUUCCCCUCUCCCAGAAGUAACUAGGUACUACUCCAAACAAAUCAUUCAUUCAUUCCCUUCCUUCCUUCCUUCCUUCCGUCCCUCUUUCCAUCCAUCAAUUGCUGCUUCUUUGCUUUUCAUAAUGGCCCGCGGUGGUCAAGGACAGGUUUUAUCGACCCCCCGUGCGUCGUCGCAAAAGAAACUGCCCGCCUCGGGUUCGCAAUCGAACAAGAGCACACAGAAAUCGAUUCUAGGAUUUUUUCAGAAGAAAUCCACGGAUUCCCCUAGUCCAGCUCCCGCCACCGCCGCAACGAAGACACCCGUGUCAUCUCUUUCGAAAGCUGUCUUUAAACGAAACGAGCCUUCCCCUGCUCUUACGCCACAACCCAGCAGCGACGUUCCCGUGCCGUCAAGCCCUGAUCGCGAUGAGGGGGAUGUCAAUAGAGGAAAGAAUAAGGAGAAUGGUCUGCAUUCUCCCUCGAUAGAAUCGGAUACCCAGACUAAUUUUCUCCUGUCAGAGGUAGCAGGUUUCGCUCUUAGCAGUCCCUCUAGGAAGGUGAAAAAAGUCAUCAACUAUGCAGAGUCGGACGAUGACGAAGAGGACGAGAUUUUUCGGCCCAUUGCCAACAAUGCAAGGAGCGGACGUACCACAAAGCGGAGGAAGAUCAGUGUAGAGGAUUCCGACGAUGACUUUGACUUGGAUGAUGCAACUCAACAGGCCAUGUUGGAGGAUGACCUGGACGACUUCAUCGCGCCAGACGAUUCUGGCGAAGAGGAAGCUCGUCCACAGAAGCGCAAACGGCAGUCAUCCGGGAAAGCGACCAGGAAGGCGACGCCGCCCCCUUCGUCGCCUCCCCCUAUGAAGGACGACGGAUCUGAAGACGACCUAGCGAUAGCUAGCACAUCAACGGCACAACAGUGGACGUACGAUCCGGAUAAUCUUGAACCGCUGAACCCUAAGCCCACGGUCAAGGUUGUAAAGAAGAAUACAUCGAUUAAGCAGAAACCCUCGGCGUCUGAGCCGGAAAAGCGCUAUCCAUGGUUGGCUAACAUCCAAGACGCCGACCGACAUACACCUGACCACCCAGAAUACGAUCCGAGAACGAUAUAUAUUCCACCACUUGCUUGGUCAAAGUUCUCGCCAUUUGAGAAACAAUAUUGGGAGAUAAAACAAAAGUUCUGGGACAGCAUCGUCUUCUUCAAGAAGGGGAAGUUCUACGAGUUGUAUGAGAAUGACGCCACUAUCGGCCACCAGCUUUUCGAUCUUAAGCUCACUGAUCGUGUCAACAUGAGAAUGGUUGGUGUGCCUGAGGCUUCGCUGGAUCUCUGGGCGAGCCAGUUCGUGGCAAAGGGAUACAAAGUUGCACGGGUAGAUCAGAUGGAGUCUGCUCUUGCAAAGGAAAUGCGCGAAAGAGACGAUAAUAAGCCUGCGCUGAAGAAGAGCAAAGACGACAAAGUCAUCCGUCGAGAACUUGCCGCCGUUCUGACUUCUGGCACCCUUGUCGACACAGGGAUGCUACAGGAUGAUAUGUCUACUUAUUGCAUGGCCAUCAAAGAGAUCGAACGCGACAAUUUACCAGCCUUUGGUAUUGCAUUUGUAGAUGCCGCCACAGCGCAUUUCCAGUUAUGCGAAUUUACUGAUGACAUUGACAUGACGAAGUUCGAGACACUCAUCGCACAAAUGCGUCCCGGGGAACUAUUGCUCGAAAAGUCUUGCCUGUCCGCGAAGGCCAUGCGAAUUUUGAAGAAUAAUACCAGUCCAACAACCAUAUGGAAUGCGCUGAAACCGACCAAGGAGUUUUGGCCUGCUGACGUUACCAUCCGUGAGAUCGAGACCAACGGAUACUAUGAAUCGCCGACAGAGGAUAACAUCGAGGCCUGGCCACCAGUACUUCGUGAAGCACGUGAGCAUGACCUUGUCAUGUCUGCCUUUGGGGCCUUGCUUCAGUACCUCCGGACGAACAAGAUCGAACGUGAAUUGGUCACCGCUGGAAAUUUCGAGUGGUACGACCCUAUCCGCAAAGCAACAAGUCUCGUUCUCGAUGGCCAAAGUCUGAUCAACCUGGAGAUAUUUGCAAAUAACUUUGAUGGGUCAACGGAAGGAACUCUUUUUGCGAUGCUCAACCGUUGCAUUACGCCGUUCGGAAAGCGGCUGCUCCGUCUAUGGGUUUGCCAUCCCUUAGCAGAUGCCAAUAAAAUCAAUGCACGACUCGAUGCCGUCGAUGCCCUCAAUGCUGAUUCUAGUAUCAUGGAUAACUUCUCGGCUUCACUCAGCAAGCUGCCCGAUCUGGAAAGACUCAUUUCCCGAAUUCAUGCUGGGCGUUGUAAGGCUCAGGAUUUUCUAAAAGUCAUCGAAGGAUUCGAACAAAUAGAGUACACAGUUGGUAUCCUCAAGCAAUUUGGCGAAGGCGAGGGAGUCAUUGGUCAAUUAAUAGCUUCGAUGCCGGAUCUUGCCGCGUCAUUAGAAAAAUGGAAGGAAGCAUUCGACCGAACCUUGGCCAAGGAUGAGGGUAUCCUUGUUCCCACGCCAGGGCUCGAGGAAGAGUUUGACCACAGCCAGCAAGAAAUCGACAACUGCGUUGCCGAGCUUGACAUUUUCUUGAAGAAGGCCAGGAAGGAAUUAGGGUCCAACGCUCUUGAGUUCCGAGACAAUGGUAAAGAAAUCUACCAACUCGAAGUCCCCAAGAAGAUCAAGGUGCCCAAACAUUACGACCAAAUGUCCGCAACCGCAAAGGUCACACGAUACUACACUCCAGAGCUUCGAAAGUUGGUGCGAACACUUCAAGAGGCACAAGAGACACAUGGACAAGUUGUGCGGGAGGUUGCAGUCCACUUCUGUGCCAGAUUUGAUGAGGACUAUGUGACAUGGCUCGCCGCUGUCAAGAUCAUUGCACAACUAGAUUGCCUGAUCAGUUUGGCGAAGGCCUCGGCAUCUCUUGGAGAACCAAGCUGUCGGCCUGUGUUCUCAGAUGCUAAGCGCACAAUUGUCGAAUUCGAGGAGCUCCGCCAUCCCUGCAUGCUACACACCGUAGAUGACUUUAUCCCGAAUGAUAUCAGACUAGGCGGUGAGGUUGCGAACAUUGAUUUGCUCACUGGUGCCAACGCGGCCGGUAAAUCGACAAUCCUAAGAAUGACUUGCAUUGCAGUCAUUUUAGCGCAGGUCGGGUGCUAUCUGCCCUGUACAUCCGCGACAAUGACGCCGAUCGACCGCAUUAUGUCUCGGCUAGGAGCUAACGACAACAUAUUUGCCGCUCAGUCGACUUUCUUUGUCGAGCUAUCCGAGACGCAGAAGAUCCUUACUGAAGCUACACCACGCUCUCUUGUCAUUUUGGAUGAGCUUGGUCGAGGAACAUCGUCGUAUGAUGGCGUAGCCGUGGCUCAAGCUGUUUUGCACGACAUUGCCACUCGCGUGGGUUGCAUAGGAUUCUUCGCAACUCACUAUCGCUCCUUGGCCAAAGAGUUCGAAUCCCAUCCGGAAGUCAGAAACAAGAGAAUGGCGAUCCAUGUCAACGGCGAGUCCAAGUCCAUCACUUUCUUGUAUAAACUCGAAGACGGGGUUGCCGAGGGGAGUUUUGGUAUGCAUUGCGCGGCCAUGUGUGGAAUCCCCACCAAGGUCAUUGACAAUGCCGAAGUUGCUGCAAGAGAAUGGGAGCAUACCUCUCGUCUGGGUGAGAGGAUGGAGGUCAAGAAAGAAGAAGGGGCUGUCUACGUUCCGCUAGGAAUGCAGAGCGAUGUUUCUUGGGCCCUUCGAGCGGGUCUCGAAGGUAUCGGAGACCGCAGCCUCGACGUUCUUCUAGAAGCCAUCAAAGGUUUAUGAAACCGAGCGUGCUUAGCUUGAUUUGUUUACUCUAUCAUCGUAUCGUUUCCGGUGUAAGGGGAAUGAUAUCAAUAGUCCAGUGGACAACAUCGAUCGUCAUUUUCAGCGGAGUUCAUUUACAUGGAAUAUAUACAUUAUUGGCCAGCACAGUCUGGAUCAGGGUGCGAGGGAAGUAAUAACAUUGCUAUAUAUAAUAUAAGGUAUUCUCUAUCCAUGCUGAAGCUCUACCCGACGACGCGUUGU